CAUUAAUUUUGAGAAAAGGAAAGAGAGGGAGGCGAGCUGUAUGAGAGAGAGCAGCUUAUUGCAUGAGCCUGGGGAGCAGUGCAGGCGGAAGGAUAAUAAGCCGGUGAUCCGCCGUGUAUUGGGAAGAGUGCGGAGCAGUUGGCAGGUCUGUGUUGGAGGUGUCGGGUGGCCCCUGUGCUCUCUCUCCCUCUCUGUCUGUCCCCCUCCCCCGGGACUUGCUGCAUCCUCUCCCCAGAAUAUGUCAGCUCCUCAGCCUGAGCCUUGUAUGUGGAGUCGCUACUAAGUCCUUGCUACUAAGUCCUUGGUGCUGAGUCCUUGGUGCUGUGAAGAAUGAGGUUGGGACAUUUGCAGAGUUUGCCCGGUGUCGGGGUCCUGGCUUUGCUGCUGGUGUAUUGGGUGCACCAUUCAGAGAGUGCGGCAUGUCAGGGUUGUUCAUCGUCAUCGUCAUCAAAAUGUGACUGCAGUGGCGUUAAAGGAGACAAGGGUGAAAGGGGGCUUCCUGGAUUAGAAGGACAGAUUGGAUUACCUGGAUUUCCAGGACCUGAAGGACCACCUGGAUCUCGGGGUCUAAAGGGUGAUGAUGGACAGCAAGGACCUACUGGCCCCAAAGGAAUACGAGGACCUCCAGGACUGCCAGGAUUUCCAGGAUCACCCGGAUUACCUGGUUUGCUAGGUCAGGAUGGAGCCCCCGGACCUGCUGGUAUUCCAGGAUGCAAUGGAACAAAGGGAGAUCGUGGUUUUCCAGGAAGUGCAGGUUUUCCAGGUCCAUCUGGUCCCCAGGGUCCUCCUGGAUUACCAGGUUUAAAAGGGGAGCCAGGGGAAGGUUUCUCUGUGUCACAGCCAGGACAAAAAGGUGAUCUUGGACUACCAGGUCUUCCAGGUUUACCAGGUUUACUGGGUCCCCCAGGAAUACAAGGUCCGCCUGGGCGUUUAGGACCUGCAGGUUUACCGGGACCACCAGGACAACCUGGAACUCCAGGAGCGAAGGGUAACAUGGGCUUAAAUUUCCAAGGAUCAAAGGGAGAAAAGGGUGAUUCAGGUCUACAGGGACCACCUGGACCUCCAGGACAAUCAACAGAGCAGAAGGAACCAGGGGAUACUCAAGUCCAGAAAGGAGAAAAGGGUGGAAAAGGCGAGCGAGGUUAUGAUGGAGAACCUGGGCUUCAAGGGCUUCCAGGUCCUCCUGGUGGUGCAAGGGGACAAAAGGGUGAACCAGGAGAAUCAGGAAAAAUAGGAAAACCUGGAAAGGAAGGAAGAAGUGGGUUCCCUGGUGCUGAGGGCCCUUCUGGUGAUCGUGGUUUUCCAGGAAGUCCUGGCAGCGAUGGAGACAAGGGUCAAAAAGGUGACCGUGGUGUCCCUGGACCUCCUGGGGAAGUAAUUAGAGGACAGGAACCAGUAACCAUAGGACCAAAAGGAAACACCGGACCCCCUGGAUUAACUGGAAGCAAAGGAGAGCGUGGCUAUCCAGGUUCACAAGGUCCUCCUGGCUUGCCCGGUCCUGCAGGUAACUCUAUCCCAGGUCUACCUGGAGAUCCUGGUCUAGCAGGGGAACGGGGACAGAAGGGAGAUGAAGGUCCACAAGGAAUAUCUAUACCAGGUCCUCCAGGUCAAGAUGGACGCCAAGGAUUUCCAGGUCCACCUGGACCACCUGGGCCAAGGUCUCCUAUUGCUGGAGAAGUCUGUUCACCAGGGUCACCUGGUCUUCCAGGCCUUCCAGGUGAUUCCGGACUUUCAGGAGAAAGAGGACAGAAAGGUGACAAGGGAGAUACAUGCUACAACUGCAUUGGAAACGGUCUUGUCGGCCCACCAGGAGACCCUGGCCCUCCUGGUUCACCUGGAAACCCAGGACAGCCUGGUUUUUCUGGGUCAAAAGGUGAUUCUGGCCUUCCUGGUUUGACAGGUCCUCCAGGGCCACCUGGAUUUAAUGGUGUUCCUGGAAGCCCUGGACGGCCUGGUUCCAAAGGAGACCCUGGUGAAGUUAUUUCACAGACUGGAUUUAAAGGGGAAAAGGGUGACCCAGGAUUCCCAGGUCCAGCAGGCAGUCCAGGUCUAGAUGGCAACCCCGGAAGAGAUGGAAUCCCAGGAUUUACAGGUCCUAAAGGAGAACCUGGUGGCCUUGCUUUCAAAGGUGAACGUGGCCCAUCUGGUGAUCCUGGACUUCCUGGGAUUCCAGGUGAUAGAGGUACUUUAGGUCCUCCUGGCUUUGGUCCUGCUGGUCCCAGUGGUGAGAAAGGAGUGCAGGGAGUAUCCGGUCGUCCAGGAGCCCCCGGAGCUCCAGGUGUUAAAGGACCGCCUGGUCAGACUGUAACAGAGAAAGGAGCACAAGGGCCCAAAGGUUCUUCUGGGAACGCAGGUCCUUCAGGAGCACCAGGUGAACCUGGUCAACCUGGACAACCUGGUCUUCCAGGCCUUACAGGAAUGAAGGGAGACUCUGGAGUAUCAGGCAUUGGUCUUCCAGGGCCAGCAGGGCCAAAAGGUUUUCCUGGAUCCCCUGGGCCACCAGGCCCACCUGGAACAUCAGGGAGAUCUGGAUCAGAUGGAACACCAGGUCAGCCAGGCUUCCCAGGGCAAAAGGGUGAUGCUGGAUUUGGGUUGCCGGGUCCUCAGGGCCCCCCAGGAACUUCUGGAUUUAAGGGAUCACAAGGACCAAAGGGAGAUUCUGGCUUUCCAGGGAUGCCAGGGGCUCCAGGACGAGCAGGGUUUGAUGGAACGCCAGGACCAAAAGGUGACCCUGGGCAAAAUGGACAGCCUGGGUCUCCAGGACCUCAAGGUUUGCCAGGUAGUGGUGGUCAGGGUCCUCCUGGUUCUCCAGGGCUACCUGGACCCGCUGGUCCUUCAGGUUCACCAGGAUUUCCAGGUAUACAAGGUGAUAAAGGAGAUACUGGUCCUCCAGGGUUUGAAAUUCCUGGGCCACAGGGAGAACGUGGUAGUCCUGGAUUUCCUGGAGAACGUGGAUUUUCAGGACCACCAGGGCCACCAGGAUUUCCAGGUCGUGAUGGGUUACCAGGUAGUAAAGGUACCAAGGGUGAAAUGGGAGUAAUGGGACCACCUGGACCUGCAGGAACUUCCGGCAUCCCAGGAAAUCCCGGUUUUCCUGGUCAAAAAGGUCUUGAUGGAUUUCCUGGGCAACCCGGCUUAAAUGGCAACCCUGGGUUAAGAGGGGACAAGGGAGAGCGUGGUCUUAUAGGCCCUCCAGGAAAUGUUAUUGGAGGAGGACUUGGAAGUAAAGGAAGUAAAGGAGAUCCUGGGAGAGAUGGUUCACCCGGAUUAAAUGGAGAAAAAGGCUAUAGUGGUAUGCCUGGUAAUCCAGGAACGCCAGGUCAAAGUGGGACCCCAGGAUCUUCAGGUUUACCUGGGCCUAAAGGAGAUUCUGGCUUUCCUGGGCAACCUGGAUUACCCGGGUCUUCUGGACCAAAAGGAAACAUGGGAGAGAUGGGACUUCCUGGGCCAUCGGGUGAAAAAGGCUUUCCUGGACAGUCAGGGCGUCCUGGAUCACCAGGACCUCCAGGAUUUGGUGGAUCUAAAGGUGAAAAAGGUGAAUCAGGACUUUCAGGCACGGGUCCACCUGGCUCACAAGGACAGAAGGGUGACACAGGGCCAGGGGGUUUUCCUGGCACUCCCGGAGUUAAAGGAGAAGCAGGAAGCCCUGGAUUACCAGGAUUACCAGGCGUUCCAGGCAGUAAAGGAGAUCCAGGUUCCCCAGGAUUUUCAGGUGCUUCAGGUAUUCCAGGGUCUAAAGGACUUGAUGGACCUCCAGGAAACCCUGGGACUUCAGGCCCACCGGGACCAAGGGGAGAACUUGGACGUCCUGGGGCACCAGGAUCUCCAGGUGAAAAAGGUCAGCCUGGUCAAGAUGGAAUUCCUGGACCUGCUGGUCUAAAAGGCGAAUCAGGAUUACCGGGUUUUGGAUCACCAGGAUUGUCGGGACUUCCUGGAGGUCCAGGUGCAAAGGGUGAUCCAGGAAUUUCUGGAUCUCCCGGAUCUCCUGGAUUUCCUGGUGUAAAAGGAGACAGUGGUUAUCCUGGAAGUCCGGGUAGCCCAGGAUCACCAGGACAACCAGGUCUCCCAGGACUUUCCACACCAGGUCCCAAAGGAAAUCCUGGACCAGCAGGACCUUCUGGAAGAUCAGGCCCUGAAGGUCCUCAAGGUUCACCUGGCCCAGAAGGACCCCGCGGCCCCCCUGGCAGUUCAAGCUUCAAAGGGGAUAAAGGAAAUUCUGGUGUACCUGGACAGCCUGGAUUUCCAGGACCUAAAGGAGACCCAGGAAUCGCAGGUGUUCCGGGUGAUCCUGGAAGACCAGGUUUAAAUGGAAUGAAAGGAGAUCAGGGCGUUCCGGGUGUCCCAGGAUUCCCAGGUAUGAAAGGGCCAGGUGGUCCUUCUGGUCUGUCUGGUGGUAAAGGUGAUCUAGGUAGCCCAGGUCUUCCAGGUCUCCCAGGACCACCUGGUCCCAAAGGCGAGAUCAAGACAGUACAGGGGCCACCCGGACAACCAGGGCGUCCAGGAAACUCAGGACCUCCUGGACCACCAGGUCCCCCCGGAUCACCAGGUCCUUUAGGGCCAUCAGGUGACUCUGGCAGAGAUGGACUUCCAGGAUUUGAAGGGCAGGCAGGACGCAAAGGUGACAGAGGUCCACAGGGGCAACCAGGAUCAAGAGGAAACCAAGGCCCUCCAGGUCCAGAUGGAUUGCAAGGUCCUCCCGGCUCUCCUGGAUUAGGAUCUGUAGCUCAUGGAUUCCUUAUUACCCGCCACAGCCAGUCUACAGAUUCGCCACCUUGUCCUCAGGGAACUAACAUAGUCUAUGAUGGGUAUUCUCUUCUCUAUGUACAAGGAAAUGAAAGAGCCCAUGGUCAAGAUCUGGGUACUGCUGGAAGCUGCCUGCGACGUUUCAGCACUAUGCCUUUUAUGUUCUGCAACAUCAACAAUGUGUGUAAUUUUGCAUCAAGAAAUGAUUACUCCUAUUGGCUCUCUACACCAGAGCUAAUGCCAGCAAACAUGGAGCCCCUAAGGGGAAGAGAAAUUCAGCCAUAUAUAAGCCGGUGCACUGUUUGUGAAGCUCCUGCCAUGGUGAUUGCCAUUCACAGCCAAACCAUUCAGAUUCCUCCCUGUCCUCAAGGGUGGUCCUCUCUCUGGAUUGGCUAUUCAUUCAUGAUGCAUACAAGUGCAGGUUCAGAAGGCUCAGGACAAGCUUUAGCAUCACCUGGAUCAUGUUUAGAGGAAUUCCGCUCUGCUCCUUUCAUUGAAUGUCAUGGCCGUGGUACUUGUAAUUACUAUGCUAACUCAUACAGUUUCUGGCUGGCUACUGUGGACCUUUCUGAAAUGUUUAGUAAACCUCAGUCUGAAACACUUAAAGCUGGCGACUUGAGAACACGUAUUAGUCGAUGCCAAGUAUGUAUGAAGAGGACGUAACGUUUUGGAGAACUGGCUACCUGUGGAAGAAAGCUUAGGUCGGAAUUGUCCCCUGUGACAAUGGUGCUACUGUGUAGAUAAAGUAAAAACCAGAUACUGUUUUAAAUAAAUUCAAAUGUACCUCACCAAAGUGCCAUAUUGAGGAUUGUCUGGUGCAUUUUGAUGAACGGACUGAGAAAAAGAUUAACCUCUGCUAAGAGAGAAACUUGAGUUUUCGCAAAGGAUCACAUGAAGUUUUUUUCCCAGUACCAAAAUGGCACUUUUUUAAUCAACUACACGAAGAAACGCACUGAGUAUGUAUAAAAUAACGAGGCUGCAGUUUUGGAAAACAUUUUUUUCAUGGUGCUACUAACCCUUCCAUACCCUGGGUUUCAAAAUAUAAAAAAAUGCUAAGCUUAUUUCUCUUUGUAAGUAAUGAAAUGUGUAUAUUGUGUAAAACACUUUUUUUUUUAGUUUGUCAAUGAAAUAAUUAGGGAAAAUACAAGUAUAAAAUCAUUUUUUAGAAUGUCACAAAUUUGUAUGAACCAUCUUGAUAAUUCAGCAGUAUUUUCAAGAAUUAUAACUUUCUAAGUCUUUUAUAUGAGAAUACUACUGAUUUUAUAGCUUGCAUUUUCCCCCCUUGUUCAAUUUGGAUUUUUAGCAAUGUAUGAUAAGUAUGUCUGUGGCCAAUGCCGAUUUGAUUGUUUAUACUGUCGCUGUGCAAUUCCGUUUUAUUUUUUUAUUUUAUUUUUACGUUUUGAUUUUUUUGUACACUGAACACAAGAUAUAACUAGCCAUAUUCUUUAUAGCAUUUAAAUAAGAGAAACACACAAAAGACUUACUUAAUAUGUUAGUUUAACUGUCAGAAGCAGCCUUUUCAGGAAUCACCAAAGUAUUUACACCUAUUAAAAAGCAUUGUCAUGUAUCUUGAAUCGAGCGUGAAUGAAAUAAAGAGAGAUUGGCUAUAUCAGUAUUUUACUUCUGGUCUUUCUGUGAGAAGGAUUUAAAAGCAUUUCACUUCCCAAGGAUAUAUAGGACUAUUCAAAAUUUUAUUUGCAAUAGUGUAUACACUAUUUUGUAUAGAUCCACUAUGUUUAAUAAAGAUUAUUUUUGCGCUUAUAUGUUAUGUGACACAAUAAAGAUUUUGUUACAUAGUAUCGAUAAACAUCUGAA